UGCGGAGCUGCCAAGGGGAGGGUGAACUGAAUUGGGCUGCUUGGGCUCUGUCAUCGGCCCAGGGGAACAGAAGGCCCUCCCCGCUUCCCCUUCCUGCAAGAAAGAAGAGCUGGACACUUCCUGAGGCCCGGGAGCCAGACGCGCCCUUGGCCUCCUGCCAGCUCUGGCCCUCGGGGGGCCACUCACCUGCUGACUUGGGAGGUGUGGCCAGGCUGGACCACAUCGGGAACUUCUUCAGGGUGUUGUUUUUUCCUUGAUAAUCCAACAGUGUUCAGCGGGCACUACCAGUGAAUCAACUACAACUUCUGUUUUGCUGAUGACCAGUUGGGGGGCGGGGGGGUAAGUUGGGGGGCCUAGGGCUCAUGCAUUUGUCCUUUGCUCAUUUGGAGCCACCUCUAAGGACUCCUUGAAGCCGAGCGGGCCCAGUCUUCUCCCAGGCAGCAGCCCAGCCACAGCCUCUCCGGCCAGUGCUCCCAGUUUCUCUGGAAUACCUCUGGUGAAAUACCACUUUUGAGGCCUCCUAUUUCUCUGGAGGACCAGUCCUAUUCGGGUUUAUUUAGCAAUAGCAGAAUGACACCUAAAGAAAGAAGGUACAAAACUCUUUAUAACUGGCUGCUUAUUGAGACUUUCUCUACCAAAGCAAUGAAAGAAGAAAUAGGAAAUAAGAAAUCACAGCCUUCUGGAUUUGUCUGUAUGUGCGCUGGUCCCCCGUGUAGCACUGUAUUCUCAUGAUGGAGAAUAAUGAAGGCUAUCUGGCUCCCAGCACAGCUGCAGAAUAAGUUAGGAAAGUGAGAACAUUCCAUGAGGGCUGGGAAGAGGCUUGCAAACCAAAAUCCAUUAUCCCUUGCUUUAUGCAGCAAGUCACACCCACGGCCCAGGAUCUGGCUCUUCGCUGAAAGGGAUUCCCCUUGGACUCUGGAUCCAGAAACAGAUGCUGUCUGCUCCUGUGGGCUGGGAACUGGCAUCUGUUUCCAUAUUCCCAGCACUUACCACAGUGCUAGGCACAGCCAGUACACUCAGUACAUGAUGAUUAAACAACAGAGUAAUGAGGCUCAUGUUUCAGGGGUCGCAAGGCUCCAGGCACCGGGACCCAAGCUAGAGUGGUGUGUACUGGUGAACAAUUUGUUAUUCGCUCCUCAGUAGAAUCCCAUCUACUUGUCUCAGAUGGUCGUCUGCCCUUCAGCUGUCAAGCAGAUGGAACAUGCCUGACUGUGGAAUGGGGAGUGGGUAAUACAGUUCACUGGUUACUGACAUGACUUUAUAAUUAGGGCUCUGACUUAGGCAAUGCUGCUGAUAGCUAUGUGGCCUUAGCCAAAUUCUUUACUUUCUCUAAGCCUCGGUUUUCUCAUCUGUAAGAUGGGGCAUAAGCAAUAUCUACAUCAGGGACUUACUAUGGGAGUUCAAUGAGAUAAAUGAUGCCAGCCGGUCUGCCGGGGAGGAACACAGAGACCUUGUUAUAAAGUCCUUUACUUCCAUGAUGCUUCUCGAAGACUGAACUUUGAGGAGGCCAGAGCAGCCUGCCGGAGGGAUGGGGGCCAGCUAGUCAGCAUUGAGUCUGAAGAUGAACAGAGGCUGAUAGAAAAGUUCAUUGAAAACCUCCUGGCGUCUGAUGGCGAUUUCUGGAUUGGGCUCCGAAGGCGUGAGGAGAAGCAAAGCAACAGCACAGCCUGCCAGGACCUUUAUACUUGGAUGGAUGGCAGCAUAUCAACAUUCAGAGGAACCAACAGUUCCUUCUACGGGGCUGGGAGGUGAAAGGACAAAGGCAGCCACACCCAUACUUCCAGAAAACACAGAGAAAGAAGAUGUCAAAGAAACAUUUAAAGAAAACAAAGAAACUGCCUGGAACCUUGUCUACCUCCUAGUGCCCGGCAUCCCCCUCUUCCUCCUCCUGCUGGUCACCACAGUUGUCUGCUGGGUUUGGAUCUGGAGGAGGAGGACACGGGAGCAGCCAGACCCCAGCACGAAGGAGCCGCGCACCAUCUGGCCCUCGCCCGGCCCCGGGCUCAGCCCGGACCUGGAGGUUUACAGCGUCAUCCGGAAACAAAGCGAAGCUGAUUUGGCCGAGACCCGGCCGGAACUGAAGAACAUAUCAUUCCGAGGGUGCUCGGGAGAAGCCACUCCCGAGGACAUGUCCUGUGACUCCGACCACAGGGCUGUGAACCCGUCUGAGAGCGGGUUUGUCACCCUGGCCAGCAUCGAGAGCGGCUUUGUGACCAAUGACAUUUACGAGUUCUCUCCAGACCACCGACUGGGGAGGAGCAAGGAGUGUGGGUGGGUGGAAAAUGAAAUCUAUGGUUAUUAGGUCCCGGGAACGACACGUGAAUGGACAAGAAUGGGAAAGAAAGGAGAAGCAACAGCCUCCUAUUCUCUGUAAGGAAAACACUCAGAAGGCCUGGGGUGAGCAUGUGUCCCCAUCACCGCUAUUGCAUCCUUAUCCCAGCCUUGCACCAGCUCUGUCCGGUGAGGAAGCAGCUUGCCCAGGCCUGGGGCAGAGGAGGAAAUCGAUGGCAGUUGAUUGCUUGUAGCAGACCAGCCAGGGACAGCGCUCUCCUGGGCAGGGCCCCCGGGUGGCUGCGGGACUGGGGACACCCAUCUCCAGGACACCCAUCCCCAGGCCUUUUUCCUUCCUCUAGAUCCCUACAGCCCUGGGAUCACCACCGAGCGGGACGGAAAUGACAGAUGAUUUCAAAGCCUCAUGUGCUGGUCUGGGCUGGCCUGUGCACCAGCCAUUCUUGUAUCUGUGUUUUUCAGACUCAAAUCAAAUAAAAAGCAGGAAGCCGAAUGUUA